UGCCUUGAACCACCUCAAAAGUAUUGGAUCCAUUUAUAAUGUUAGAGUGUCCAUCUAAUCUUGGAACACGUGUCGAAAAUUGAGCAUCAAAUUGAUAUCAUAUAAAUACAUACGAUAUUUUAAACAUCUGAGCACGUGGUGAACGAAUUCAAUGUCGAGUUUAUUGAGGGUGGCCAUUCUUGGCUUGGCUCUGGUUGCUCUGUUAAUUUCAUUCUCAGCAACUGAGGACAUCCCCGGAGUUCCCAAAACCGACCUCAAUGCCAUUAGAGAGCGCACCUACUUGAGUGACGACGAGGCUGAAAUGGCCAAGAUAAAUGAGCAAAUCAUAGUUGGGAAAUUCUGGAUCCAAUUAUCUCUAAAGGAUCCCGCUCCGCCAACGUUACCAACACCCGCCCCACAAACAAGUCCGAUGACUACGGAAGAGACCCUCUCGAAUUCGACGACAGGUAUCGGAAAUUCGACGAGCAUCAAUGGUACCACCAUUACCACUACAGAGGACCCAACCACGACAACUAGCACCACUGUCACGACUACAACAAGUACUACAACAACCACAACGACUUCUGGAUCAACAGCCAUAACAACAGCGAGUAACUCGAGUGUGACCAUGUCAAAUGGGACGGCAUCGGGCAAUGGGUCCUCAGCGAAUUCUUCGAAUUCCACCGGAAUCGAGCCUUUUGCUGACAUUGAUAGUCGUGUCCAGGAGGCCUUGGGUCCGGAUCAAAAGAUUCGUUCGAAUUUCUGUCGCAUGAGCAAACUGGCUAGUGGCACCAAUCAGUAUUGUUCUUACUUACUCUACGGCCACGAUUUUAUGGGGUUUUGGAAGACCUUGCGGUUGUUAUUACUGACUGAUGAGGAAUGGGAAAUUGAUGAUUACGAUAUUAAGACCUACACAAAAGUGAAGAAAAACACGGUGUUUCAGACUUAUAUGGUGCUCUAUGACACCAAAUACAUGCCUCAAUUUAGUGACUUGAAUAAUUCGGCCACACUAAAAAUCAGUAACGAUCUGAUGCUGUUGAGUCGUCCAAUGAUGAAGAAUCGAUUUGGAGAGUUCUUCUUUCGGACAGUUGUCCUUGGUUACUACGAAGAUCCUUUGACCACUUUUGCUGUGGCAAAUAUGGCCUUUUUGGUGGAGCCAGGUGAGAGGAAUUUCAUGGAUUUCUACGGCGCAUGGAUCAAUCAAAGAGACCAGUACCAAUCAUUGGGAAGCUAUCGUUUGGAAAGCGGAGACUUUAGAACGUACCACAUCGAAUACAUACCCACAGAGUUCGAUCAAUUUCUCAUUUUGAAUGACGAGGAGAGCCGAGCAGCUUUGACUUUGGACACCUUGGCCAAUUUGACGGAAGUCGGUAUUCCGUCAUUUGUUGUGCUGGCCGUGAUCAUUUUGGUGAUAGUGGUGUGUGCCUGGGAAGGCUGGUGUUGCAAACGAUUCAUAGAAAUUGAUUCCAAGUGAAACUCGAGAGGCAAACAAACGAACAGUCUCUUGAAUCUAGUUUACCUGGGGCGGGAAAAACACUGUGGAAAUGAAUUUUAAAAAAAAAAGUAUUUUUUCCUUCGCAA